AUGCCCAAUGGAACACUUGCAGACCACCUCCAUAAACUCGGCACCCCUCUUUCAUGGCUUCAACGACUCAAGAUCUGCAUAGGAGCUGCUCGUGGAUUAGACUACCUCCACACUGGUACAGGAAUUGAUGUCGGAGUUACACAUCGCGAUGUCAAGAGCUCAAAUAUUUUGUUAACUGAAAGUUGGGCUGCUAGAAUUUCAGACUUUGGGUUGUCCAAAAUAGGCCCAACGAAUCAGCCAUCGACAUAUGUAAACACACUUGUGAAAGGAACUUUUGGGUAUCUAGAUCCUGAUUAUUCCUUCACUGGAAGAUUGACUAGGAAGUCUGAUGUGUAUGCUUUAGGGGUGAUAUUGUUGGAAGUGCUUUGUAGGAAGCCUGCGUUGGAUAGGAGUCUUGAUGAAGAGCAACAGAAUUUAGCAAGAUGGGGUCAAGAAUGUAUUAAAGAAGGAAACUUAAAGCGUAUAAUUGAUUCGGGUAUUAAGGGUGAAAUAUCCCAAAAAUGUUUGAAGAAAUUUGUUCAAGUUGUUGAGAUAUGUUUGCAUAGUAAUCCAAAGCGGCGUCCUACCAUGGCUGAGGUUGUGGUCACUCUUGAGUCUGUAAUGACCAUGCAAGAGAAAAUCAAUAGGUCGUUGCAAGAUGCAGGGAAAACAAUAUUUGGAAGAAUGCUUGAUAUGUUUAUCUUCUCCUCUAAUGGAGACAAUCCUGAGAAAAUCAAUAGCUCAUUGCAAACUGUAGGCACAACAAAUUUUGCUACCAUGGUUGACAAGCUCCAUGUCCCCUCCAACAAAGAGAACUCUGUAGGGGUACAAAUGGGAAUAAACAAUGAUGUGACAGAGGCUGAUGAAAGCAAGGAUUCUGUGUCUCCAUCGGGAGAGAACUCUGGUGUAUCAUUCUACAAGGAAGAAUGGAUUGAACAAUAUCAGCCUGGUGUGCAUAUAAUCUUAGGGACUCUCCAUGAUGGAACUAGAGAGGUCAAAAGAGUGCGCUUCAGUCGAAGGAGAUUUGGGGAGAAAGGAGCGGAGACAUGGUGGUCCGAAAACUAUGAACAAGUCGGUAACACAAAUUAUUGGAGUUCCGACGUACAGGGCGGUUCAGGUGGUGGUAGUAUGAUACACUCGGAUGAGACGUUCGACGGUUCUUCACAUAAUAUGGAAACAAUUUCAUCAUCAGUGUUUGAUAAGCUCACUGACGAGCUCUUAAUCGAAACCCUAAUACGUCUCCCUCUAAAGCCAGCCAAUAUCUGCAAAUGCAUCUCAGUACGUUUUCGUUCUUUGAUUUCAAGUUCAAAUUUCGUUCGCUGUUAUUUGAAUCAUCAUCAAAUCAACGAGUCGUUUGCUCUUCAUUAUGAUUUGGAUGGAAAGCGUAAGAUUCGUCCUUCCUCGGUAGGGAUGUGUAUGGCGUUUGAAUCUCCAGGGUUUUCUUUAUCUUUCCUUCAAGAAACUAUACAGUACCUAGCUUCAAACAACGGAUUAGUUUUGUGUUGUGCUGAUCUAUGUCCUCCGGUUGUUUACUUUGUUUGUAAUCCGUUAACGAAGCAAUCGAUCACUCUACCACCACCUCCUACUGAUGUUAAAGCCACUUACAUUGGGUUUACAUGCAAUCCCCAGUAUUCAUGUAAUGAUAAUCAAGAACAAAGAAGAACAACGAGUUUUAAGGUGGUUCGUAUUCAAGUGGCGCUAAGAGAUACAUUGAGUCUGGAAAUAUUGUUUUCUUUUGGUGUCUAUGCUCGCUUAGAAUUUUGGAAUACAACAUGA